AUGGACGAUUCAAUCUUCUUUGAUCAAUGCGAAAUUAUGGACCCUUUUGGAGAAGAAUUAGCAGCUGCACUUGGAGAGGACUUUCAAAACUGUUUGUCCUCAGACAGCUAUUCAUCAUCCUCCACUUUGAUUCCAAGUAGCAGCUCCACCACCAUGUUAUGUGCUUCAUCAAACAUGGAAGCUCCUCAAGUUGCCAUUGAAAGGCCUGGCAAGCAGCAAAAGGCGAACAGUUAUACCUGUUACACCAUUAACAACAUGCCAAACCUUGAUCAACCUUCUUCUACUCCAAUCAUUCUCAAUUUUAGCAACACGAAUUUACCGGAAAAUCCUCAACAAGUUCCUCUAGGAGCCAUGACCUCUGAGGACGAGGUGGUGUCUGAUGUUAUAAUGUCACAGGGUGCAUAUGUGAACUUUGAUGAGGCAACCAAGAGAAGCGAAGUGACCAAGAAGACUAGCACUCGUAUUAGGCCACCGUCGCAGACUUACGAUCACAUAAUAGCAGAGAGGAAGCGACGUGAGCAGCUCAGCCAACGAUUCCUUGCUCUUUCCGCCAUUGUUCCCGGCCUCAAAAAGAUGGAUAAAACUUCUGUUCUUGGAGAUGCAAUUAAGUAUCUGAAACAACUCCAAGAGCGAGUGAAGACGUUGGAGGAACAAGCCACGAAGCAAACCAUGGAAUCUGUGGUACUUGUGAAGAAAUCCCAGCUCGUAGUUGAAGAUGAGAGUUCUUCCGACGAGAACUUCGGAGGCAGCUCCGACGAGUCACUCCCUGAAAUUGAAGCUAGAGUUUGCGACAAAAACGUGCUUCUGAGGAUUCACUGCGAGAAACAAAAGGGAGUUCUGGCAAAAAUACUGACUCAGAUCGAAAAGCUGAAUCUGGGUGUGGUUAAUACCAGUAUUUCUCAGUUUGGAGGUUUGGCUCUUGAUAUCACCAUUAUCACCGAGAUGGAAAAAGAAUUCAGCAUGACAGUGAAAGAUGUGGUGAAGAGUCUUAGUUCAGCCCUCAAGCGAAUAGCUUAA